AUGGUCGGUACUUACAAAUUUUGCGACCGUGGGUCUCGCAGGGUUCUGGUGGAUCGAGAGGUUGGUCACCUGCGAUCCCAGUACAGCUUGAAACGGUCUUUUUCCGGUAGUUGGGAGAACAGUAAGAAUCAAGCACCUUUACCACCAAAACCAAAUUUUGGUUCAGCAACAUCGGGAUCUUCGGUUGUACCACCUCCACAAUCGCCAUCACUUGUUCGUCAGCUCUAUGCCAAACCGAUAAUAGCACCACAAAUCCCGGAUCUAGCAAUCAAACAACCAGCAACAACAGGAUACCAUCCAGUAGCUACUUAUAAAUCCAACCCGCAAACAGGGCAGGCUAAUCCACCGUACUAUCAACCUGGAGCGAGACAAAUGAUGAACCAAAAUGGACCAGGAUUGCAACGACCCCCAAAUCCACCGGUGCCACAGCAGAACAUGCGGCCGAUGGCACCACCAAUGAACAGACCAGGUGCUCCUGUUGCUAAUAGACCUCCUGGGCCGCCAGCAUCACCGGCACCUGGUCAAUUCCCAAACAGCCCAAAUAUGAGACCACAAAUGCCUUCUCCUCAGCAGCCCGGGAUGCAAAGACCGCCGAUCGCCCAGAAUAUGCGUCCUGCUCUUCCGCAGCAAGUGAGAGCACCAAGCAUAAUUCCACAGAAUGCGAGACCACCAUUUUCACCGCAAAAUUCAACGGCUGCUAGUAAUCAACCGAUUCGACCAGCGGUUCCUCCGGUUCGCCCUAUGAACAUUGGACAACAGCCACAACCACAACAAGCGCAUAUCAAUGUCCAACAAAAUCGCCCUGCACCAAUUCCUCAACAAAUCAUAAAUAAUAGACCACCAUCGAUACCUUUCAAAUCCCCACUGCAGAAUAGUAACACGAAUGAUCAGUUUGGGUCGGAACGUGAGUCACCAGAGAGUCGAAUGCAAUCUGAUUCUAAUUUGGGCAAAAUAGACAGUCCUAAGGGUAGCUACCUAUCAACAGACGAUGACGAGGACGUCGUUAUCGGUAAAAUAACUCCAUUGGCAUCGUCGAGGUCUCCAGAAGGACAAAAUAGUCCAACUUCUAAAACUAACCCAUCAAUACCUUUCAAUAGGUCCGACAGCCAGAUGUCCAUCCCUUCCAGACCACCGUCUGGGUUAGGAAAUUACGCAAAAGUGUCCGAUACAGUGCUCAGAAAUUUCUCUUCGCCAUUGCAACCACCACAUUCCAAUGAAAUAGUGUAUAAGGAAAAACAUCUGCUAUCAACAGAACAGAAACCCUUCGAUGGUUCUAGUCACAUCGAUAGGGGCAAAACGCCUUCACCAGAUCAGGGUAUGCAAGGGAGUGCAGCGCAAUCGGAAUCUAUGAGCCGCAUGCCGAGUACGGAGAAUAAACCUAGAAAACCAUGUUUAGAGCUACCUUCAGAUCGUAUUCAGGCUUCGAAUAUACUGAGCAAAACGAAGCAGGCAACACCGACCACACCAGGAGCGGAACGGGUUACAUUCGUUUUGCCGGACCAAACAAUUAGUAACCAAAACAUAGACACAUUGAGAAAAACUCCUGUUCCGACCAAUGUUCCUAAAAAGCCCGAAACAGAGACGCGUGGACGAAGCUCUUUCAAGAAUAAUCCUUCAAUGGACCAGACCUAUAAUCAUUAUGAUAACCAAGGUGACAAUGACAGUGGUGUGGACGAAUCAACACAAGAGAAGGAGCGCAAUGGUCCAGGUUCUCCAGGGUCACCUUUGAAAUCACCCAGCAAAAUUCCAUCACUGCGACGGCCAGAUAGUAUAACCCCGCAAACACGAUCCAGAAGCACAUCAAAGCAACGGCUAACAGCCAAAACUCCAGAAACUCCGUCGGAACCACUGAUUAAAAAAGUACCAAUGAAUAAGAUUCAGGUUGGAGCAACUCCGUCACCUAACUUGAAGGUAGUGAAAUCUAAGAUAGGAUCACUGGAAAAUACUUCCCACAAACCUGGCGGUGGACAUGUCAAAAUUGAAACGAAGAAACUUGAUAUCAAGGCUGGCUCGAGAAUCGAGGCGAAAAACGAUACAUAUGUUCCUAAAGGCGGUGACAAGAAAAUUGUCACUACCAAACUGCAGUGGAGUGCUAAGCCCAAAAUUGGUUCGCUAGACAAUGCGCACCACAAACCGGGUGGUGGUGAUAGAAAAAUUGAAACACUUAAAACAGACUUCAAGGAACGCGCAAAGCCCAAGGUGGGCUCAAAGGACAAUUUGGGUUAUCAGCCCGGAGGCGGUGACGUCAAGAUCGUGAACCAAAAGCUGGACAUCAAAGCCGAAAGUAAGGUGGGUUCGCUCGAAAAUGUCAAACACAAACCAGGCGGAGGCGACAAGAAAAUCUUUGACGACAAGGAAUAUCUGAAGCAGAUCGACCAUCCCGUUGCAUUGACACCUCCAACACAGAGUCCAACACCGGACGAUGUCAGCAAUAGUGAUGCCAGUGCCCCAUCAUUUGCACAGCCUACUAUUUACUAACUUACACCAGCUUUACUCACAAGAUGUCACCAGCAAUUCGCCAUGUUUUCACUGAAUAUUGAGUUUAAUUGUAGCAGCAUAUAUACAAUAGUUAGAAAGUAAGCAUACAUUUAGUUAGCAGCGUGCUGUAUUCCAUAGAUUAAAAACUGAGCACAUUGCAUUAACAUCAACAUUAAUCGAAACCCACACCUGAUAAUACAUCACGUAGGUACAAAAUUCACACGAAAGAGAACCUAUUUAGACAUUUUAUCUAUUCAUAAAUAUAUUACUCAGUACGCGCUAUCAACACAAAAAAAAUCGGAAUUCGGCGCGAAUGAUAUUUUUAAAUUCUUUAUCUGUUAUCACCUUUGUUAUUUUCUCUGUUCCAUUUUAUUUUCCUUGUUCAGUAUGUAUACAAAUUGUUUUUAAAUAUGACGUUAUGUUACUGAUAUCAGCCCGAUAUGUGGGGCUAUGAUAGUGAAUUGUUAUUUGAUUAAACAAUUGUAUGAAAUAACUUAACCUACUUCGGCUGUAUUACGUUGUUUGACCCCAUAGUUUCAACAAUUUAAUCAAAUAAUGAUAACAAACCUCUGCCUUUGCUUGUUCAAACGAAGUAUUCGAAUGAAGUGUCAAACGAAAUUUGAAUACACGUAGAAAAUGUCCAUGUCAUAUCUCUAAGAACAUUAACACAGAGCCAUUCCACGCAGAGUCGGUCGAAAACGGUCGAGUCUGUCCCUACUAACUUCGAUCGUUUUCAAGCUAUUAUUCUUUACCAGUUAUGGUAUUAAAAAAUCGUCUUCUAUUUUGCAUACGCCCUCGUAAAAAUAGUAGUACAAAACGUCGAAAAAACGAAGCGGAUCGGAGCACCCAGAACGAUUCUGCUUGGAAUGGCAGGAGUUACUCUAUUAAUGAUUCCUCGAGUUCCAGCGUUGUAAAAAAAGUCAUUUUUAAUCUCUCAUGUCAUGUCGCAGACGACUAAACUCAGUUUUUUGUAACAAAUAAUUUUGUUUUCUGAUUGCGCGUACAACUGUUGUUUGUACAAAUGUGUGAUACAGUACUGGCAAAAAUAAAGUGUACAUCUGAAGGGAGAAACGAUUAAAAUUUGAUCAACUUAAAUUUGACGUAUUUCUUUUGCGCUUAGCGCUUAGAAUAAUUCUUCUAUUCUAAAAACAUCAUUCAAGCGAGAGAAGCAACACAUAAAAAUUUUGCUCGCGCAACGUACAAACCUAAGCUUCUCGCACGUGAUGUUGAAAAAUCCAGAACUCAAGCAGCUUACAGGAGUUUUACAUGGCCACGGGAAGGGUAAAGGUGACAGACAUUUUCCAGACCGUGGAACUAUCCAUGUUUCUAAAAAAAAACUGGUUCGGCAGGCCAUCCGCAACUGCAAUUGGAAAAGCGAUUUUUUCAUCGCCACCGGAACCAUAGACCAGGACAUACAUGUAAAGAAUUGAUCGGCGAAAUGUCUGCCGCCGUUCCUCGACAAAACACGACAAACCCGUGCCAUUUUGGUCGGAAUCGAUAUCCUGCCUUUAUAAGAACAAAGCGAUAAAAUUGCAUUCCGUGAAUAAGGUAAUGGUGAUACCCAAAGCUCACCAUAGAGGCCGCCCCAAGGACUUAGAGAAUACCCAGAAACCACUUACUCACACACAAAUCCAGUGCACCCCUAGUGGUGCAGAGGGCCAACGUGAAAGGUCUCCAUCCUGGGCGGCUGCUCGCUUCAACCUUAACCUGGCCCAGGUCAAAUUCGCGUCUAUUUCCUUGAUUUCCUUGUUGAGGCUGCGUCGCCAGCAGAGGCUGCGAUGUUCUGCCGGAUUUCAAUCCUGCGCUUGUUUGCAGAUUUCGUUUCCGCUCCUUCCUAGUGUUCGGCCGAACCCCCUUCCACUUUCGUUCUCGAAUCUCAGUUGAUAUCGGCUUUUGACGACACCGACGAUGGAGCUCGACAUUCGAGAUCCAGUUGUGAGGACACCGGGCAUGAUUUGUGUACCGCAGACAUCGGUUGACGAAUUUCAUGUUCGAGUUGAAGAUUCGGAUCUUGGUGCGAAAACUUAUCUGGUUGGAUAUCCACACAUUUCGUAAACUCGCAAAAGCAGCCCUCGCCUUCCUGAUCCGUGCAUCAAUGUCGAUCUUGGUACCACCAUCCGACGCUAUCUGACUGCCAAGAUAUUGAAAGCUUUCUACGUACUCCACUGCUUGCCCCGCUACUGUGAAGUUGGGGCUAUUGUCCAAGUUUACAUCCAAGGCUUUGGUCUUGUUGACGUUGAUUUUGAGACCUGCCGCAGAGGAGCAUUUGCCAAGGUCAAUUAGCUUACUCUGCAUAUCGGAGCGCCAUUGUGCUAAAAGUGCAACGCUAGCUCGAAUUCGUUCAGAUGCUCCAUAGUAAUAGGCUGCCAGAGCAGCCCACGGUUCGGUACAUGGUGAAUUGCACCCAUCAUGAUCUCGUUAAUUACGAUGAGGAACAGUGGCGGUGAUAGUAUACAUCCUUGCCUCACACUGGUGACUACCCGGAUCGGGUCAGACAAAGCUCCGUUACGCAGGACUCCGCGCGUGAAAGCCUCCUACGGCGACCCAUAGAUUUUCGUGAUUGAGUCGGUCAAAAUCUUUUUCGUAUUCAAUGAAAACGAAAUAUAGGGACUCUUGGAAUCCGUUCACUUGAUCCAGAAGAUCUUCCGGCACAGAAUCCUGCCUGCUGCUGUCGGAGAGUCGCGUAGAUCUUCUCUUGUAUACGUUCUAGGAUAACUUUGCACAGAACUUUCAGAACAAUUCAUGAUACCUCGCCAAUUAUCGCACAUAGUCGGAUCCCCCUUCUUGAGGGCCUUCACCGCAUCCAGUCGGCCGGAAAUGUCGCGGUGUCCCAGAUAUUCGAGGAUAGUUGAUGCAGCAUUCGUGCGGACAGCAUGGGGUCAGCUUUGUGCAUCUCUGGUGAUAUGCGAUCGAUCCCGGGAGCUUUGUUGGAUUUCAUACACCGGAUGGCUUUUUCGAUUUCGUGCAGCGAUGGGGCCUCGGAGUUGACACGAGUGAUGCGUCGAAUCCUUGGUGGAUCCUCCCGAGAUGUUGAUGGCUAAUUGGACGUCGAAACUUGAAGAAGUUGUUCGAAGUGCUCAAACCAGCGUUUCAACUGGCCAGUGGGAUAGGUGAGUAACUGGCCGGUCGUGUCUUUUACAGGCAUCCUUGGAUUCAUCUUAGCUCCGCUCAGUCGUCGUGAGAUAUCGUAGAGGAAGCGCAUAUCGCCAGUUGUAGCAGUUUUCUCCCCUUCAUCAUCCAGGGAGUCCGCCCACGCCCACUUGUCACGUCUACAGGAGCGUUUAACUACCUUCUUCAGAACCGCAUAUCGUUGACGAGCUUCGUUCUUGGUUCCUCUGGUUCUCGCCCGCUCAAUCGCGGCUUUAGCUUUCCUACGCUCCUCAAUCUUCCGCCAGGUUCCAUCCGUGAUCCACUCCUUCUUCUGGGUGGGCAGUUGGUCCAGGUUAUUUUCACUACUCUCGAUGAAGUCGUUCUUGAUAGCCGUCAACUGUUCUUCUACGUUGCCACCUUCCGGAAUAUCCUCUGUUCGAGUCUCAAGCUCUUUAACGAAUGACCUCUUCAAAGCUGGAUGUUCUAGUCGGCGUAUGUUGAAUCGCCGUCCAAGCUUCUCCACCUGUCGCUGGAUUCGUGCAAUGCGCAGGCGGAUCACGCCACCCAGAAGGUGAUGGUCAGAUACGAUGUUGACGCUGCCUUUAUUCCGAACAUCAAGAACGCUCCGUCUCCAUUUUUGAUUGAUCCAAAUGUGGUCGAUUUGAUAUUCGGUAUGUCCAUCACGGGAGACCCACGUGACUUUAUGCACUGGUCGAUGGGGAAAGAGCGAACCUCCAAUGACCAUGUCGUUGUUGCCACAAAAUUCUGCAUACAGCACGCCGUUCUCGCUAAUUUCUCCGAGACCAUGACAUCCCAUGACGCUUUCAUAGUCCGUGUUGUUGGGGCCGAUCUUCGCAUUGAAGUCGUCGGUGUAGAUCUUGAUGUCACCCUUUGGAACCUUAUCCACGAUGGCAUUCAGUUGAUUGUAGAAGUUCAGCUUGUCCUGUAGCUCGACAGCUCCGGUUGGUGCAUAACAUUGGAUUGUGGCUAGGUUCCGAACCCGUGUUCUGAAUCUGGCAACGAUGAUCCUCUCGUUGAUAGGUUCUCACUUCAUGAGCGCAGUCUGUGCUUGGACGCUAAGCAGGAAACCAACUUCAAGGUAACAACUAGGUUGUUAGCCUAAGGUCCAUAUCCCGCGAUGGGGCUGCCAUCUUAGGUUCAGCUGGCGGGAGCCGCACUCAGUAUCCCACCCAGGAACCGGUGGGAAGCAAACUGGCGUUCUGUAGCUCACAAAGCCAACGAAGGCGCUGAAUAAAAUUUUAACGCGUUUCUCCUUUUGCUUGAAUGCUAUUUUGAGAACUGAAGAGCAAACGUAAAAACCACCAUACACGCAAGCACGUAGAGCUUCAAAUAGUAUAUGGAAACUUUUGGAAUUCAAUAACGACUAAGCUUUUUGAUAGGCUUUAAGAACUAGGGACAAGGGAUGCCACUCCAGCAAUUCCAAACAUGAUCAACGGAAAAAAACCCGGCUUUUACGAGUCGUUAGCCAUGGAUCAUUCUCUUGUCGAAAAAAGAAGUCACUUUCGAGCCUAACUUUCAAUAAAGAAGUUUCGUUAAUUCCAGAGUAGCUUUCGAAUCCCUCAAUUACAUUACAACAUUUUGGUCCAACGAACAGCAUCCAAAGACACAGACACAGAAACCACCUCUAUCUCAAUAGCGUAGUCUUCUGCACUGAAGAUGGAACAGGAUGAGAGUAAAGAGGAACAGAUAAUUGAAGGUUCGCUGGUGAUUCUACUGUCAAAAUUGUUAUUGGUUAACGAAAACAUCGCUAAAAAUUUGUUGAUUUGUCCCCGGCUUUAACCUGGUUCAGUAGGGAGAGUAAUCUAAUGGAAAUUAAAUAGUAGGAUAAGGGGUCAUUAUCGAAAUAAUUUUUUUCUAUCUGAGGGUUUGGAAUGAUGAAAGAAGAUAAUGGUGAUAUCAUCUGCAUACACCAAAACAUGAACAUUAGGUGGGAUACUAGCGAAGAGGGAUCGUAUACAGAUCAAGAGCUAUGUAGGAGCAAGAACCGAACUUUAAGGAAUACCAAUCUCCUGAAUCAUAAUCCUGGAAUAGUAGAUGCCAUUUCUGACCCUGAAUCUUCUGUCGUCGAGGAAGCUUUGUACAUAGCGACCCAUGCGACCUUUGACUUCCCAUUUCUCGACAGGUUUGAGCAUUGGGAAACGCCAUGUACGGUCGUAAGCUUUUGACAGAUUAAAAGAUGUUUUUUAAUGUUUCAGCAAAAUUGGCUCGCAAUCAGAAGAGCAAACGGUUUACCGACUUGUUUUGUACGGGUUGUAAUGCAAGGCUGGCAAAAAUAUGUUGCGAUGCUCCUCUUCCUUGGACGCCAUUUUCAUAACAAAGCAAAUGUCAAAAUCAAAAUAGAGACACGCACACUUCUCACUUGUGUGAUGCGCGCCUCAUUUUAAACACACACACACACACACAUCAAAUUCUAGCGUCUGUUUUUCCUUCGCUCGUUCUAAGCAAAGCAUGAAAAGAACAGCGCGGCUCCAUACCAACCGUAUACGCUUGUUUGAAGGAAAAUAACUCAACAAAAAAAGCGAACCAAAUUCAAGCGCGGUGUUUGCAGAAUAAUGUGCAAAAACGGUGCUGACAACAAAACAUUUGAUUUGUGUUUCGGAGCGUGUUCAUUCGCCAGAACGCAUGUGUAGUGAGAGCUCAUCUGAGUACAAAACAACUUAUUACACAUCAGCACCGCGUUCCAUUCUGAGACUGGCUGCAUAUCAAAAGGAACCUAAGUUCCUUGCAACACUUUAUAUUCAGCGUCAUCGGAAGUUUCUGACCUUCAAUCAGGCAGGCGGCAAUUAACAUCUAAAUUACUGUUUCUAAUGUGACGGAACCAAUCACAAGUACGUUGUUUCACUUUGAGCAGCAUCUCCGUAAACUUUUUGAAGGUUUCGACGCGCUUCAGCCAAAGUUUUCUUCGAAUGAAAGAAGAAAAUCAUCCCUUCCUGCAAAUGAUAUGGGAUCAACACAAAAUCAUGGAUGUGUCAAAGCGAUUUGUUUACCGUAUGUUUUGGAAAUGUCGAAUACAACACCAACAAUGAGAAGCCAUGUCAUGGAAAAGUGUAGGGUUUAUCGAUCUUGUGUUGUCGUUCAGUACAAUAAAGUUCUCUAUUUUUGGUAGCAUCAAACCAAAGUAGAAAAAAGAAGACUAGCACAAAUCACUCCGAAUGACCCAAUCUCGAAUAGGACAAAUGCGAUUAAUUUGAUGCUGCAUACUUUUUUUUUGCCAGUACUGUAAAUUUCCCGUCAAGUUAAUUUCUUCCGAAAUUCGAUCCAUUCAAAAAUUAACGAGUCGAGGCUCAAUAUAGUAUUGAAGAAUAUAUCUUGUGAAUCACAGCCACUUAUAAUUGCAAAUUUCAACUUUUUAGUGUACAGCCCAUCCUUCCUAAAUCUUAUCAAGCAACUCCUUCAACACGAGUAACUCAUUCACAUUAUGAUAAUCAUAUUGCUACAUUUCUAUUUCGAGCACAAUUCCCACAUUCGUGACUUGUUUCAUAAGCAACAAAACCAGAUUUAUCUCGAUUGAAUAUUAACAGUCCUGGCAUCAUUAUGAUUUCGAGAAAAUUAUUAUUGUUGUUUUUUGGAAUUUCGUGUUCCAUAAUCUAAAACUUCCGCAAACCUCUCAUUUUCAAUCCGAAAAUCCCUCACUUCAUUUAUUUUGUUGACAUAGAAUGAACAUUGAAUGAGUGAUAGAUGCCAUUAAUUCAAACCGAGAUCAUCAUUGUACGAAGCCACGUGUCGUCGUUUUGUUUUGAUAUCGUUAUGUUAUUCAAUUAAUUUAGUUCAUUUUGAUUUUACCUGUUUGUUUUCUUUCCAUUUUCUUUCUCUUUGUUUAAUUCUAGUCUCCGGUUCCGGAAUUUGACAAAAAUUCCUACUAUUAGGCGAGAAACCUGCAAUUAGAGUAAACAAAUGAUGCCAAUACUAAUGAAAAAGGAACUGUUUGUUCGUUAAAUUAUACAGUGUAGUUCAAAAUUGGCCCUGUUGAUUAGUUUUAAGUUUUUACUCUAUUUAUGAGCAUUGAUGAGUCACACCGUAAUCUUGGAUCAUAGUUUCCGCACCAAUAAUUGUAAGCUGAUUAUUUUCAUGUUUCUGCUACUACACGUUACCGGCUAAGAAAAUACAUUACAACACACAUCUACACGUAAAAUUUUGUUCGGUGGAAAACCAAAGCGCUCAUGUCAUCCGUUGCAGUAAAAAAUAACACGCAUCUAUUGAUUAUGAAAUUUGUAUUGAUAUGAGACGAAAUAUGGUCAUCCAUUAUCUUGAAAGAGUAUUUUCUAGUCGAUUUUUUAUUACACAGCAUAUAGAAUCAGAAACAAAGUCACAAACAUUUUAUACAGUUUCUAGUUAAGCCUCAAGCUACAGAUUGUAUUUCAUUGAUAUGAUUAUCAAGAGACAAAUAGCCAUCGUCUAAUUGGCUAUAAAAAAAUCAAUUUAACGCAGAUGCGAUAUAUUAAACAUGCAUUGAUUGACGUCAGGUUUUCAUUCUUAUAAAAGAAAAACAUCGCCAUCAUUCGAAGUAUUCAAAAUUAAAAAUUUGGUAUUACAUGUUAUAAACAACCGCAACUGCAACAAAAAAAAAACAAAUAGAAAAAGUAACUGUGAAUGUAUCACUUACGAAACAAUAGACUUCAAUAAUGAAUGGAUAAUAAAAUAUAGAAAAGUGAUUAUUUCAUAAUAUUUGUUUCACUGAUCACCCGUUCAAUUAGCUUUUUUGCCUUACCUAUAAUUCCUCCGAGCCAGUACGAACUAAUUCCCAUACGGCCGCGCUCGGAGUUAAUCCAAUAUGCACUAGACUUUGUAGAAUUUAAGAAACAGAUAAGCACACGGAUCUUAUGAUGAAUCUAUUUGAUCAGAAAAGGUACAACAAAAAUGAUAAUCAGGAACAUUGUGUCUUCAUUGAUAUACUCCGGAUUCCUAGUGACUGCGCUACUGACAAAACCGAUCAAUUUUCAGCUGAUUGAGCCCAGAAGUCGUUGAAAAAGGUCCACGCAUCUAAAAAAACCCGGAUAUUUCCAAAACAUGAAGUGUUCUAUCGUUCGUUUAUUAUUAAAUAAAUACUACACAAUUUAUCUUUGGAGUAUGGAAAAAAAAUUCCGAACUCUUCCGGCAAAUAGAUGGUUGUGUACCACUCAGCCCACCAAAGUGCUCUGUGCCAACAAUUUUUGAGAUAUAUUGUGAGCAAAAUUUGCGCCUUAAAUUCGUCUGCAACAUCACUUGUCUUUUAAGGAGUUGAGAUACGCUCUACCAGCCGUAUCUGGAAGGACGUUGGACCCAGACGUUGAGUCGGGCUCUCACCCACUAAAACCGAGUCCUCUACUCGUUGAAUGAGGAAUGAGGCCCCUGGAGCGGCUGUGCUCAUGCACUUCACGAGUCUCCAACGCUGAAUAGCGUUAUUCAUACUCUUUUUCUCUAUAUUCUUAUUCGCAAUUCGUUGUUCUCCACUGCGCUUAUGCCCAUUGCGCAGGCAUCCAUUUACCAGUCUAGACGUGUCCGAUUAGGAAUUGUCCUCAAACUUGACGCGCAACUCGUCACAGCCAGCCUCGCGGAAUUUCUCUUCCCAACGGAGCACCGAUUAGAUAGUGCCCUCCAUCAUGACGCGCACUACGUCACAGCUACUCUGGUGGGGUACGUACCGGUUUGAUGACAUCCUCCUAGACGCUCGAUCCUUCGAAACGAUCCUCACAGUGAUCAUCCUUCCAGUCCACGAACAGGCGUUGCCAGCAUGUAUUUUGCUGUUCAACACACCGUUUACUUGCCAUCGCUUCAGCAUCCGUUUACCCAUUGAGACUUGUAUCGAUUAUGAAUUGCCCUCCAACUUGACGCGCAAUCCGUCACAAUCACCCUCGCGGAAUCUCUCACCUGUCGAGACGUGAACCGAUUAGGAAGCGCCCUCCAACGUAACGCGCGGCCCGACACAGUCACCCUCGCAGGAUUUCUCUUCCCAGAAGAGCGCCGAUUAGGUGGUGCUCUCCAACAACGCGCCCCCGUCGAAGCUACUCUCGUGAGGUACCAUCCGUUAAUCAAUCAGGCAUUAACAGCACGCUGAUCGGUCCUCCACUUUUGCUGUAGCUUGGACGUGAUGUGUACGAUUGCACUGUUCACUGCGUUCCAGGUGUCCUCGUCACUAUACAUUUCUUCCACGAUAUUCCCAACAUGAAGGGCAGGCAGCCCCUCACGCCUUGCGGUGAAUCUUGGGCACACAAAUACGAUGUGUUCCAGCGUUUCCUCCACAUCCCCACAAUCCGGACAGAGGUGGCACCUUGCGUGCCCAAAUCGAUGAAGGCUCUUCGUGCUUCCUGUUCAGCCAGGUCGAUUGUACCGGCAUGAGGCCAUACAUCAACCUACCGUUCUUCGCCGUGUCCCAUUCUUGCUACCACUUCGAUAAUGAUUCUGCUCUCGCUAUUUUCCGGAUACCACUGGUUUCCUUCUGUCUGUAGCACUCGUCUUUUUCCGUCAGGAUGAUUCCAAUCGGGAUCAUACUGGCGAUAACGCAUGCUGCUUCCAACGAGAUCGUCCUAUACGCGCUCGUGACUUGCAUCGCCAUGAGACUAAACGUGCGGUCCAGUUUUCUGCGAUUCCGAUUGGUUUUGAGAGCAGCAGACCAGGCUGGCGCUCCGUGCCGCAGUAUUGACGAGGAUACAGUAGUCCACAACAAUGCGAAUGUUCGGCUUUGGUAUGCAUGAGUGUUUUCUUAAAUUAGGACUGAAACCUAAUAUGAUGUAGCUGGUAGAGAUUUCUAUUCUGGUGAUAGAGGUUUUUGGCAAAGAAAGUUCUUUCAACAUGGACUGGUACACGCGAAACGUUGAAUUUACUUCUUGAAAAUACCUUACAAGCUCUAAUAAGCAUUCAUUCAAAGAUUUGAAGGUUAUAACAAGUUGGGACAACAAAGUGCACAUGUUCUUCCAUCGGGUGGAAAUUCACUCCAAACAAGCCACAUUUUUUCAAGAUAUAUUGACAUGAAUGUACUAAACGAAAAAUAAAAAUCUGAAAUUUCCCAGCAUAUUUAGCAAGAAUCGGUCUUGUAGGUCUAUCAAUAAUGACGAUGUGUUGGCUUCAAUAGAUGGAAAGUUACACGCAUGUAAGAAAUUGAUCGUUCUACGACUAUAGAUCUAACAAUUUGAUGAUUGUAUUGAUCCUGUUUGCUUAUCUGUAAAUAUAUAUGUUGAAAACAAAAGGCUUCCGAUGACAAAAGUCCAUGCAGCUCUUCUCUUGAUUGUAGCGAGUAAUGCGUUAGAGCGAUCAACAUCACGUACGUUUUUUCUACGAUUCCAUAUCAAAUUCACUCAUCUCCUUUUUUUCUCGCAAAAUAGACCAUUAUAGUAAUUCCCCUCAUUUUGCGCCGCGAAAGACGAGAACUAGCGAAGAUUCUCGCUUUAUUCUGGAAGCAACCUAACUUUUUGACUCCUAUUUGAAACCCGAAUCGAUGAGAUAUGAGGACGCGAUUCCAAAUUCCAUCUAAUGACAAACUAUAAUCACCGGAUACUGUCACGUCAUCCGCCGCGCGAAAUCGAGAGGACUAUUGAACUUUAGCACAACUUCUCUUUUAGUUUCUGUUUUCAUUUUCAAGCAUGUAAAA